AUGUCGCCCGCCGGCUACAAGUUCCCCGAGCGGCCGGUGAAUACCAAGAAGAGCUUGAAAGAUGAAAUUGAAUCUAUUUUGCGGGAGCGGAUUAUGGUUUUGGAUGGAGGCAUGGGGACCAUGAUCCAGCAGCAUGUGCUAUCAGAAGAGGACUUCCGAGGGCAAGAAUUUAAGGAUCAUUCAAAAUAUCUGAAAGGCAACAAUGACCUUUUGAGUAUAACUCAGCCUGAUAUAAUCUACAAAAUUCACAAGGAAUACUUGCUUUCUGGGGCUGAUAUCAUUGAAACAAACACUUUCAGUAGCACCAGAGUUGCACAAGCUGACUAUGACCUUGAGCAUCUGGUUUAUCAGUUAAACAAAGUCUCGGCACAGGUGGCCAGAAAAGCAGCUGAUGAUGUGACUGCUCAGACAGAGAGUAGGCGAUUUGUAGCUGGUGCUAUGGGUCCUACAAACAAGACGCUCUCUGUGUCUCCCUCAGUGGAAAGAUCAGACUAUAGGAACAUCACUUUUGAUGAGCUGGUUGAAGCAUACCAAGAACAAGCCAGAGGACUCUUAGAUGGAGGGGCUGAUAUCUUGUUAGUAGAAACCAUAUUUGAUACAGCCAAUGCCAAGGCAGCUCUAUUUGCUCUCAAGAAACUGUUUGAGGAAGAGUAUGAUCCCAGACCAAUAUUUGUUUCUGGAACCAUUGUAGAUAAGAGUGGACGCACUCUCUCUGGCCAGACAGGAGAGGCAUUUGUCAUUAGUGUAUCCCACAGUGAUCCACUUUGUAUUGGCUUAAACUGUGCAUUAGGGGCAGUGGAAAUGAGGCCCUUCAUUGAAACAAUUGGGAAGUGUACGACUGCCUACAUCAUCUGUUAUCCCAAUGCAGGUCUCCCCAAUGCCUUUGGAGGUUAUGACGAAACCCCUGAAGUGACUGCCAAGCAUAUAAAGAGCUUUGCUUUGGAUGGUUUGGUCAACAUAGUUGGAGGUUGCUGUGGUACCACUCCAGCACAUAUCAGGGAGAUUGCUGAAGCAGUAAAAACAUGUAAACCUCGUAUUCCCCCCUCCUUCGUUUCAGAAGGGUAUAUGCUGCUGUCAGGUCUUGAGCCCUUCAGGAUUGGCCCAUACACCAACUUCGUUAACAUUGGUGAACGCUGCAAUGUGGCAGGAUCAAAGAAGUUUGCUAAGCUCAUCAUGGCAGGCAACUAUGAAGAAGCUCUGAGUGUAGCCAAGGCCCAAGUUGAGAUGGGAGCCCAGAUUUUGGAUAUCAAUAUGGAUGAUGGAAUGCUGGAUGGGCCAAGUGCUAUGGCCAGAUUUUGUAACUUCAUUGCUUCGGAACCUGACAUUGCUAAGGUGCCGUUAUGCAUCGAUUCUUCAAAUUUCUCUGUGAUUGAAGCUGGCUUGAAGUGUUGCCAAGGGAAAUGCAUUGUGAACAGCAUCAGCCUGAAGGAAGGUGAAGAUGAUUUCCUGGAAAAAGCAAGAAGGAUUAAGUUGUACGGAGCAGCUGUGGUGGUCAUGGCUUUUGAUGAAGUGGGUCAAGCCACAGAAACGGAAACUAAAAUUGCAGUGUGCACCAGAGCUUACCACCUCCUUGUGAAGAAAGUGGGCUUCAAUCCAAACGAUAUAAUUUUUGACCCCAAUAUUCUGACCGUAGGGACUGGAAUGGAAGAACAUAACCUGUAUGCAAUUAACUUCAUCAAUGCAGCUAAAACCAUAAAAGAAACACUGCCAGGAGCUAAAAUAAGUGGAGGCCUCUCCAAUCUGUCCUUCUCCUUCCGGGGGAUGGAAGCCAUUCGAGAAGCAAUGCAUGGAGUUUUCCUGUAUCAUGCAAUUAAGUAUGGCAUGGACAUGGGGAUAGUGAAUGCAGGGAAUCUUCCAGUGUAUGAUGAUAUUCACAAGGAACUUCUACAGCUGUGUGAGAAUCUGAUCUGGAAUAAAGACCCAGAUGCAACAGAGAAGCUUUUACAUUACGCCCAGACUCAUGCCCAAGGAGGAAAGAAAAUGGUACAGACUGAUGAAUGGCGGGAUAGCCCCGUGGAGGAAAGGCUGGAAUACUCACUUGUCAAGGGCAUUGAAAAAUACAUCAUUGAGGACACAGAAGAGGCAAGAUUAAACCAUGAUAAAUAUCCCAGAUCUCUGAACAUAAUUGAAGGGCCCCUGAUGAAUGGCAUGAAAGUUGUUGGCGAUCUUUUUGGUGUUGGAAAGAUGUUUCUGCCUCAGGUGAUAAAGUCUGCUCGAGUUAUGAAGAAGGCAGUUGGCCACCUCAUUCCCUACAUGGAAAAGGAAAGAGAGGAAAAGAGAGCUAAAUCCGGCAGCAUCGAAGAAGAGGACCCUUACCAUGGCACAAUAGUGCUAGCUACUGUAAAAGGAGACGUACAUGAUAUUGGCAAGAAUAUCGUGGGAGUGGUACUAGGCUGCAACAAUUUCAGAGUUAUCGAUUUAGGAGUUAUGACUCCGUGUGAUAAGAUAUUGAGAGCUGCUAUUGAAAACAAAGCAGAUAUAAUUGGCCUGUCUGGUCUUAUCACGCCUUCUUUGGAUGAAAUGAUUUUUGUUGCCAAGGAAAUGGAGAGAUUAGAGAUCAAGAUUCCUUUGUUGAUUGGAGGAGCAACUACAUCUAAAACACAUACAGCUGUGAAAAUUGCCCCACGGUACAGCGCACCGGUCAUUCAUGUCCUGGAUGCAUCCAAGAGUGUGGUGGUUUGCUCUCAGCUGCUAGAUGAAAACCAGAAAGAUGAUUUCUUUGAAGAAAUAAUAGAGGAGUAUGAAGACAUUAGACAGGACCACUAUGAAUCUCUCAAGGAAAGAAGAUAUUUGUCAUUGGAGCAAGCUAGGAGAAAAGGUUUCCAUAAUGACUGGCUGUCAGACUAUAAACCCGUUAAACCUAAAUUCUUUGGCACUCAAGUUUUUGAAGAUUAUAACCUGGAGAGGCUGGUGGAAUACAUUGACUGGAAGCCUUUUUUUGAUGUCUGGCAACUUCGGGGCAAAUAUCCCAACCGAGGAUUUCCUAAAAUUUUUAAUGAUAAAGCAGUGGGAGAAGAAGCCAAAAGAGUUUAUAAUGAGGCUCAGACCCUACUAAAAACUAUUAUUAGCCAAAAGAAGUUGCAAGCCAGCGGCCUGGUUGGGUUCUGGCCAGCGCAGAGUGUUCAAGAUGAUAUUCAUUUAUACGUAACAGAAGAGGCAUUGCAGUCUGCAGAACCAAUAGCUAAAUUUUACGGCUUAAGGCAACAGGCCGAAAAAGACUCCACCUGCGCAGACCCAUAUUACUGCCUCUCUGAUUUUAUAGCCCCCUUGGAUUCUGGUGUUCGUGACUAUUUAGGCCUGUUUGCUGUGGCCUGCUUUGGGGUAGACAAGCUGUGCAAGGAAUAUGAGGAACAGUGUGAUGACUUCAACAGCAUAAUGGUGAAAGCACUGGGAGAUCGUAUAGCAGAGGCCUUUGCAGAGGAGCUCCAUGAAAGGGUCCGAAAAGAAUUCUGGGCUUACUGCAACAAUGAACAGUUGGAUAUUUCAGACUUGCGCAGGAUCAGAUAUGAUGGAAUCCGUCCAGCUCCUGGGUACCCGAGCCAGCCCGACCACACUGAAAAACUCACCAUGUGGAAACUUGCAAACAUUGAGGAGGCAACAGGUAUUCAGUUAACUGAAUCACUAGCAAUGACACCUGCCUCCGCAGUUUCAGGUCUCUACUUCUCCAACCCCAAAUCCAAAUACUUUGCUGUUGGUAAAAUAUGUAAGGAUCAGGUUGAAGAUUAUGCACUGAGGAAAAACUUGCCAGUGGUUGAGGUUGAGAAAUGGCUGGGGCCCAUCCUGGCAUAUGAUUUGGAAUAA